AUGUGCAUUGGUAUAGCCGUCAUCGACUGCUUGAUUGGAAGAAAACAACGGAUUCGUAUGAGAAAGAAGAGCAAAUUGAUCCUUGCCUUGAUUGCUUUCAAUAUCAUCGUUGCUUUAGCCAUUUAUCAUCAUUUCAAUAGUACCAAAACAAAGCAUAAAUUGGCUGUAGUCAUUCCAUUUCGUGAUCGUUUCGAUGAAUUAAUGGUCAUGGUGCCUCAUUUAUCUCGUUAUUUGCAGUCAAGUCGUAUUAAUUUUGAAAUUAUUGUUGUCAACCAAGUGGACCAAUGGAGAUUCAAUCGUGCUGCACUACUCAAUGUGGGCUUCCAUUUGACCAACAUCAAAUCCGACUUUGAUUAUAUUAUCCUUCAUGAUGUCGAUUUAUUACCUAUGUCCUACCAGUUAAAUUAUGCCUAUCCUGAAGAUGGCCCAUAUCAUAUCUCGUCACCUGAUUUGCAUCCCAUAUAUAAAUUUUCGUCUUACCUUGGAGAAUUAAAUUUACCUGGAAUAGAUUGCUCAAUCUUUGAUAGUCACUUACUGUACUUUAACAAUAAUAUCCCACAAUUUUAUACAGCUCAUAUCCACAGAGCGUAUAAUAUCAAGAAUAAAAAUAGCGCAUUUCGCCAUAUCCAUGACAAUAACAGGCGGCCUCGCGAUAUGAAAGAAUUUUACAAUCAACGACAAGCCAAAUAUCAACGCGAUCGUGUUACCGGUUUAAGUACACUUCGAUAUCGGUUAGUAUCACAGCACCAAUUAACAGUUGACAGCGCUAAGUGUAGAGUUUAUAAUGUACAACUGGAAUGCAAUUUAGCAGUCACACCAUGGUGUCAAAAUAAGAAAAAGAAAAAUCGAAAUCGCAAGGUGGCUAAUAGUACCAAGGCUAAAUCUCCCAAGAAGUCGUUGCUGUUUGCAAAGACAAACCUAUCUGUUUAA